CGUACAGCUCUUUCACCUUCUCUAGUCUUCUUCUUCUGCAUUGCUGCGUUCCUUCUGAACUCCUCCAACCAAUAUUACACACACAGAGAUCCGAGGAGUUUGGGAAAACCCUAACCCGGAUUCAAUCCACCGUCGCGUCAUUAGAACGCAUCACUUUGUCCAACUCCCAACUGCUAUCGGGUUAUGGCUGCUGUGGCACCGGAAGGAUCCCAAUUUGAUACUCAUCAGUAUGAUGCAAAAAUGAGUGAGUUACUUGGAGCUGAUGGGCAAGACUUCUUCACAUCGUAUGACGAGAUUCAUGACAGCUUUGACGCUAUGGGAUUGCAGGAGAACCUUCUUCGGGGUAUCUAUGCAUAUGGUUUUGAGAAGCCCUCUGCAAUUCAACAAAGGGGAAUUGUUCCUUUCUGCAAGGGACUUGAUGUGAUUCAGCAGGCACAAUCUGGAACUGGAAAAACAGCGACUUUCUGCUCUGGGAUUCUGCAGCAGCUUGAUUAUGGCUUACUUGAUUGCCAAGCAUUGGUUCUUGCACCCACACGAGAGCUUGCUCAACAGAUCGAAAAGGUUAUGAGAGCACUGGGUGACUAUCUUGGUGUCAAGGUCCAUGCUUGUGUUGGUGGAACCAGUGUUCGUGAAGAUCAACGCAUUCUCUCCAGUGGAGUCCAUGUCGUUGUUGGCACUCCUGGUCGUGUUUUUGACAUGCUACGAAGGCAGUCUCUUCGUUCUGAUUACAUUAAGAUGUUCGUGUUAGAUGAAGCAGAUGAAAUGCUUUCACGAGGUUUCAAGGAUCAGAUCUAUGACAUUUUCCAGCUGCUACCACCUAAAAUCCAGGUGGGGGUUUUCUCUGCCACAAUGCCACCAGAGGCCCUUGAUAUCACUAGGAAGUUCUUGAACAAACCUGUAAGGAUUUUGGUGAAACGUGACGAGCUCACCCUUGAAGGUAUCAAGCAGUUUCAUGUCAAUGUUGAGAAAGACGAUUGGAAACUUGAGACACUUUGUGAUCUUUAUGAGACCUUGGCAAUUACACAGAGUGUCAUCUUUGUGAACACCAGGCGCAAAGUUGAAUGGUUAACAGACAAGAUGCGCAGCCGUGAUCACACAGUUUCUGCCACCCACGGAGACAUGGACCAAAACACAAGGGAUAUCAUCAUGAGAGAGUUUCGGUCUGGUUCUUCUCGUGUGCUCAUAACCACUGAUCUGUUGGCCCGUGGUAUUGACGUCCAACAGGUCUCUCUUGUGAUUAAUUACGACCUUCCAACACAACCAGAGAACUACCUCCAUCGUAUUGGUCGUAGUGGACGGUAUGGGAGGAAGGGUGUUGCCAUCAAUUUCGUCACCAAGGAUGACGACAGGAUGUUGUUUGAUAUCCAGAAGUUUUAUAACGUUGUCAUUGAGGAGCUGCCGGCAAAUGUUGCUGAUCUGCUCUAAAUAAGGUUUUGCAUUGUUUUGGUGAAUUGCCAUCGAAUUUUCGAAGCCGUAUUCAUCUUUUUCCUAGGGGCGAUUGUUUAACAUUGUUUACUUGGAACAGGGGAAUUCCCGUUUCAGGUGCGGAAAAAACGACUUGAAAUUUUUGGUCGAAGUUUUGUUGCGUGUUUUUAUAAUUUUAGUAGGUCAGAAGUUUUGCACCAUUAAACUAUGUUAGGAUUGAAGUGUUCAAAGUGGUUUUUGAGAUAAAAUAUGGGGUGUGCUAUCCACACACCCCAUCUUACUUUUCA